UGCAUUUGUAAGUACGCCCGGAGGCGAAGGAAGCCGUCGGCUGCCAAUGGAGGAGGCGGAGGAAGGGGCCGUAGAGUCGAGUCUUUCACGCUCAGUGCCCUCGGCGCACCGCCCAUUCACACAGGUACACUGGAUAAGAGGUGCGGAAGUUGCCCCCCCCCCCCCCCAUUCGACCCGUCUCCGCCUGCCACAGAAACUCUCGCAGGGCUGAUCGACAGCGCAGAACGACUUUGUAUCCCCCAACUCAACCAACGCGAAACACCGACUGGACGAGUGAAGGCGCGCGCGGCACCUCGAUAGUGAGAGCGAGCGAGCGAGCGCGGGCACGCGCGGCCACCAGGGAGUGCUCUGUGGACGUUUUCUAUUUUGUUCACGCUUCGGAGUCCGUUUAGUACAUUUAUUUACUCGUUUAUUAUCAUCAUUAUAAUUAUUUUGAGCUUUUCUUUCAUGGAGAAGGGACUUUUUCCCUUGCGCCACGUGCAUCGCAUUCUUUCUUCGAGAGUGCGCGUGGACACUUUGGAGGCUUUUUGAAGUGCGCGUCUUCGCGAUGCUCAAACGUCCAACUUCCAUUCCAAAAAAACACAGAGAAACAGCCGUAGAUGUAUGAAGAAACCCCUAUUCAGGCGAAGAUGGAAGAUCGCCCGAGGUCGCUGACCAUCAACACCACCGCCAGCACCGCGCACUCCGACAGCUUCGCCGCCACUUCUCUGUCGUACGACAAACAGUUCAUCCGCACUGUACCGGGACUGCUGAUGGUCGCCGAGAUCAUUUUUGGCCUCCUGGUAUGGAUGCUGGUGGCUGGGACGGAGUAUUUCCGAGUUCCAGCUUUUGGAUGGGUGAUGUUCAUCGCUGUAUUUUAUUGGAUCCUGACUGUGUUCUUUUUAAUUCUGUACCUGACAAUGGCCUACACAAAGAUCACCCAAGUCCCAUGGACUACUGUGGGUUUAUGCUUCAACUGUAGCGCCUUUGUGCUGUAUUUCACUGCUGCGGUCGUAGAGGCCACUGCAAUCAAGCACGAGUUUGCUAGAAGACAUGACUUCAACAGCUGGGCUGCUUCUUCGUUCUUUGCCUUUGUGGUCACAUUCUGCUAUGCGGGAAACGCCUUCUUCAGCUUCAGAUCUUGGCGGGCAAGAGAUCAAGGACCUUGAUGGCAUGAGGACCAAUCUGGGGACCUUAGUUUUUCUUUCUAAGUCAUAUGAAGAGUUGACCAAAAUUUUUAAUAAAGAAGUACGUCAAGAAUCGGUUAAUUUUAGAAAGGAGCAGAGCUUUGGAUUACUAGUAACGUUAAAAAAUCGAUACACAUGUGGUAGUAAGGCAGUUCUUCUUAUUAAUACGCACCUUGUGCUUUUCAAUGGCUUGAAGGGCUUAAAGGACACGAGCAGAUGAAGCCUUAAGUGACCUGAUGAGUUGAGAACAAGCUUCACUGGACUCUGGCAGAGAGCGUCAAGUAGCGCACGAUUACCAGCACUGGCGCAAAUAAACUCGAUGAAGGAACUGGAGAGGCUUCCAAAAACGAUUAAGUGAGAAUAUGGAGUUGUAUCCUACUAGAAGACUGCGUUGAGCACACCACAAAUUCUGUUCCUUUAUUGAGGCUGAUUUAUACUCCUGCACAGGGCCUACACCGUCGGUAUGCCAUCUCCCGU